UGUGUGUGUGUGUGUGUGUGUGUGUGUGUGUGUGUGUGUGUGUGUGUAUGUGACAAAGAGGAGAAGGAGAAACGACAGGAAGGAGAGGACUGCAGCAUCACACACAGAGAGCUGAGAGCAGAGGUGGGAGGAAACUGAUCAUCGCCAAUGAUGCCUCGUGAUGUCACUCACGCCAAAACGAUUCUUGAGGGCAGCGAUAAUAGCCUCGGCGGCCAUGACCUUGGUGAUCCUGGUGUGGCUGCACGCGAUGACCGACGAUGUGCUGGAGAGUGACCUUGGCUCCUCGCCACCUCCCUCUCUGCCUCCUCACCACCGACACCUGUCACACUAUCCAGGUACACGCACAGACACCAUCCAUCCACGGAUCCCACUGCCGAAGAGAUUCCGGGUGGUGGACAUACGACCACACGGACAUCGGAGCGAGCGGCCAAACAGUGGGGUACUGACCAAUGAUCAAGAGGACGAUUUCACCUGCACGACAACUAAAACCACCCCAGCUUUUAUGAUCUGCUUAUACAAACCUCUAGAGGAUAAAUACAUCUCCGCCAGCCUCCUGAGCUCCGGUGUGUGGGAGCCGUACAUCACCAAGGCGCUCCAGAAGGCCCUGGACAGACGCCCCGAGGCCACGCUGAUAGACGUGGGCGCUAACGUGGGCUACUACAGCCUGCUGGCCGCCUCCAUGGGCCACAGGGUCAUUGCAAUAGAACCACAGAGUAAAAACGUCCGACGUCUUGUGGGCGGAGCCUCCAGCAGCCACUGGGGCGACAACAUCCUGGUAUUGGCCAACGCCCUUUCGGACACGCCCCUUCGCAACGUGAGCCUGAGUGACAACUCAGAAAACCAGGGCGGGAUCAGGGUGAUAGACUGUGGGGCGGCCCGUUCGCCUGUGCCAGGCGGGGCUAUGUCGGAGGAGGACACGCCCACAAGGGGACAGAACUGUCACAUCCCGACGAUUACACUGGACGACACAGCUCGGCUCGUGACCACUUCGACUGUGAUACUAAAGUUAGACAUAGAGGGAUACGAGUGCCGAGCAUUGGGCGUGUCGUCGGCCUUCUUUUCUGCGUUUUCAGUGCCUUACAUUUUCAUGGAGUGGAGACAGAUGACGGAGAGGCAGCACUUGGCCGGCACCGCGUGCUCGAGGGAGAGGGUACACGGUUUGGGCACGAAGCUGGCUGCUAUGGGUUAUGUUCCGCAUGAGGUUCGGUCGGGUAUACAACUGAACCCUUUAAGAGCGGGGGAGUGGAGGGUAGGGGAUGUGUACUGGCGGGAGAAGAGUUUGGAUCUGUUGGUGCCGUCAUUAUGAGUGCCACGUCAGUGUGAUUUAGUUUGUUUUAUUUUAAUAAGAGUUUUGCGGUACUUGCAAUACAAUACGGUCAUGUAAGUGCCGAAGAUUAGAGGUGUUACACGAGAGUAACAAAGAAAUACACAUACAAAUAAAAAAAGACUGAGGAGAGAUCAGGAGGAUAGAUGUCUGAAGGAAAGAAGGAGCAAACCACACCCGAGCAACCGCCCAAACCCCGCAUUCUUCAAUCUUUUUGCAGACGGCGCCUGUGUUUAUGCGGGUCCGGAUAAGCCCAACUUUCCGCGAACGCACGCGGGCUUGCCCAUGUGUGUGUGUGUGUGUGUGUGUGUGUGUGUGUGUGUGUGUGUGUGUGUGUGUG